UAUUAGAAAUCGGUGGGGAGGGAGGGAGAGAGAAAGAAAGAAAAUAGCAAGGAAGACAGGAAAGCACAAGGACAGUCAGGGUGGAGGGGACUGCAAAGGUCAAUGUUGGUGCUGGCAAAAAGGGAAAGGAAAGAUUCCGCAAUGGUUAUCAGCAGUGAUUGUACAGACUUCACAUAGGAUUCCAUUUCAAAAACAACAGCAAUCCCACCUAUUAUAAGCCAAGGGAGGAAUAUAUUAAUAAUUUGUUUUGUUAAACGUAAGGGACCCAGAGCUUUGGUUGUAUUUUGCAGCUGGCAACUUCUCUACCAACAAUUUGCCUUUGGAGAAAAUCUCCACACGCUACAGAAACUACAAUGCCCUGCGAGAUGCGGCUCCUGCCUGAAUCUUGGUCUGGAUGCUGUAAAUCCUCUUCCUUCUUGUUUAUUUUAGCCCAGUGUCUUCUCUCUGUCUCUUCCCCAACCCCCGCGCCCCGACGCUUCUUGUUUGUAUCAAACCUCUUUUCCUCUGAGGUUUAGGGAAGCCGCUCUUCCCUCUGCCUGCAAGAUGGCUUUGAUGUUCUGGAUGGUUCUUUUGAGUCUUCUCAUCAGAGGCCUUGCCCGACCUCAUCCCACUAGUACUGCUUACUCUCCAUCACAGCCCUUUAUUUCCCGCAGAGUGCUUAUAAAAAUGUCUCAUCUUUUCAUCUGUUGAAUAUUUUCUUUUGUGACAAGAUCACGUAUUAUCCUCUAAUGAGAGAAGGCUCUACGCAGAGGGGACAAGAGGACAUUGAAGUCCACAGGCCUUGCUGCAAUUCUGUCCACGUCUCAAGGGUAGAACGUACCCUCAUCCCAAGAACCCCCCCUGAAAUCCCAAGAAUGCUCCCCAGCGGGGUGCGAUUCUGGACCGCACCGCUGCGGACCUGAAGCCUGGCUCCGCUCCCCGCGGGACUCUGGGGAUCUGCCCCAUCAACUUCCCGAAAGGGCGGGCCACAAGCACAGCGGUCCCCUAGCGGCUACCCGACUGGCUUUCCCAUGAGCUCCGCCGCUCCAUAACACCUCUUCGUCCGGAACUUCCUGAGGGCGGCAGCCAAUCACAGAGUCCUUCCCGUCCGUCCCCGUCUCAGCCGGCUGCCAAUCGGAGCUUCUCCGCCGACGCCCCUUAAAGGCGCCGCCGCCGCCGCGGAGCCCCGCGAGCCGCUGGAGGUUCCGGCCCCCACCCCGCAGUAUGGAGGCCGGCCGGGGGCGGCCCGGGCCGGAACCGGAGCUCUCGGCGGCAGCCGGCCCUCCGGCCGCGGCUUUCAGCGACCAGCCGGUCCGAACGCCCUCGAAGCCGCCCUGCGUCUGGCGGGGGUCCGGGGAGGAAGAGGCUGAGAACGCUGGGGUCGCGAGCCGUCCCCCGCGAGCGUCCCCGAAGACGUCGAGCGGCAGCAACAGCGUCCAGCGGCCGGAGCCGGACGCUUGGGAGGUCCAGCCGGGCCUCCGGGCGACGCCGUCCGGGGCCGGGGGUCUCCGGGGGCCCGCAGGUCCCGAGCACGCCCCGCCCCCGUCCUCCUGCCACCGGCAGCCGGAGCCCAGCGAGAAGCAGCCUUCCGCCCCGAGCGUCCGCCGUCGGGGGAGCCCGGGCGGCGUCGAGAUGAACGUGGAGCCGCCGCUGCAGGAGAGUGAAGAGCCCAACGAAGAGGAGGAGGAGGAGGAGGCGGCGGCGGGUCGGGCUGGCCGCUCGUUCCCCAGCCGCCUCCAGGACAGCCGCAGCCUGGACGGGCUGAGUGGGGCGUGCGGCGGAGGGGGCGCCUCCGCCAGUGGCGAGGCCGGCGCGGGCGGGGGACGUCGCGCCACCAUCUCCAGCCCCUUAGAGCUCGAGGGCACGGUGAGCCGCCACGGCGACCUCACCCACUUUGUCGCCAACAACCUCCAACUCAAGAUCCGAUUGAGUGGCGCCCCACCGCCCCUUCCCCCGGCCUCUGUGCGGCCCUGCCUGACGCCCGCACCCACUCCCACCAUCCCCCCCAUCGACCCCGACGUGCUGCGGGAUCUGGAGCGGCUGAGCCGCGACCUGGGCGGCCGGGUGGACCGUCUGCUUCGCGGGCUGGGGGGUGCGGUGCAGGAGCUGACAGCCUUGAGCGUGGGCUGUAUCCAGACCUACCGCGACGCGGUGGAUUCCUUAGGCGAAGCCGUGGACAUGAGCAUCAAGGGCAUGUACACCUUGCUCGCGCGCUGCGAGGAGCUGGAACGGGCUCUGCAGCCGGUCCAGGGGCUGGCACGCCAAGUCCGAGAUAUCCGACGCACUCUGGAGGUGUUGGAGGCCCUGUGCAAGUGACCAGGAGCACAGAGGAGAGAGGCCAUGCCUAACCUGGCCAGGCCAGGGUCCAGGAGGACCCUAAGGAUUCUUCAAGGAGCCCUGGUGGAGACUGCCGGCUGUGGGGGAGGCCUGUGCGUUAGAGGUUCUUCCACAAGCAUUUAGGUGGUGGCCUGUGCCGGUUCUAAGCAUACGGAGUGUGAAUGGGGAAGUUGUAAAGAUUUUCCUGGUGGGAAGGGAUGUAGCUCUGCUUCUAUUCAGUUGGCCAUCUGUAGCUACCCUGUACCUCCUGACUCUUCUCCCUAGCUAGACCGCCAUCCUUGGGAAACACGGGCCCUUAGAUCUCUGCCGGGGGAUGGGGCAGACCCCCACGUGUAAUGAGAAGAGAGAGGAAGUGGCCACAGCCCGCUGUGGCUGUCCUGAUUCCAGUGAUCAGAUGUCAAGUUCCAGGGGCUGUCGGAGCUCGAGUGGUCCUUGGCCACACACCGUGCAGUCCUGGGCGCACUUCUGCAGAUGGAUGCAUAACCUCCUGCUUCUUCCCUCUGGUCCCUAACAUGCCACGGGGUGGAGCUAACAGGAGCACCUUUCUUGGUGGAGGGGGUGAGGUGGGAGGUGUCUGCCCGAUGCCCUCGGUUCAGGUGGAAUUGUUGCUGGGUUUGAAGCCCACCUGUUGGGGAGUAUUCUAAUCAGUUUUGGCUUUCUGAGUUUUGUGGAAUUAAAGUGCCGCUGCUGCUAA